GGAAAGAGCGGAGGACGGAACGGAAAGGUCAAAAGAAAGGGAGCAAAACAGUCGCCGCAGUACAGCGUUGGAGCCGAGCGGCUGACAGAUAUGCUUCCGGGAGUGGAGGACGGCAAGCGGCGCGGCGUCAGCGACGCCGAGGCCGAGGCCGAGGCCGGCGCGAGCGCGGCCGCCCUGAACGACCUCUGCGCCACCGCCGGGGACGCGGGGGGCCCGGUCCCCGCGCCGUUCCCGAGGGCGGCGUCCCUGGCGGUCGCGGCGCUGCUCGCGGUGGGGAUCGGACUCGGCGUCCUCGUCCUCGCCGUCGUGCGCAGCGCCGUGCUGCUCGUGCUCGCGCUGGUGCUCUCCGCGGCCGUCUCCGCGUUCCUCCUGUGGAAUGCCGCGGCCGCGGCGUCGGGCCGCGUGCUGCGGCGGUUCGUCGACGGGCUCCCGGCCUCCAGCCUCCGCGUCGCCGCCGACGGCCAGCUCGUCAAGAUUACCGGCAUGGUUUCAUGCGGUGAUAUUUCGUUGAUUUCUUCAUAUGAGAAGGUGGAGAACUGUGUCUACACAUCGACGCUUCUAAGAAAAUGUGGUAGAUGGGGUUCUGAGGUGGCAAAUCCUAAAAAUAAUUGUUCCAGGUGGAAAUUGACACAUGCUGAGAGAUUUGCUGCUGAUUUCUACAUAACAGAUGCAAAAUCCGGCAAAAGAGCCUUGGUGAAAGCUGGAUACCACACGAAAGUUGUUCCAUUGAUCGAUGAAAAUGUUUUGGUUACAACAAGCCGAAGUACUGAUCUAUCUUCAACCUUGAAAUGUUGGCUAGAAGAAAGAAAUCUUUCUUCUGAAGAAGCUCAGCUUAUCCGUCUUGAGGAAGGAUAUAUCACGGAAGGAAUGAGGUUGAGUGUGAUCGGAAUUUUGAGCAAGAAGAAUGGAGAUUUCAUGAUACUUCCUCCUCGUGAACCUAUAUCUACAGGUUGUGUCUUGCAGUCAUUUCUCCUUCCAGCUUAUUUUGAUGGAAUAGUUCUGAGACUAGUAGACAAGAGUUAUUUUAUGCCACAUUCUGGAAUUUCAUGAAAUAUUUUGACAACUCAUGAGAUGUAACAGCUAACAAUUUUAAUCCAAUACCAUUUCCCCUGAAA